AUGGCGCAGGUUGAGACAAACACUAUAUCAUCGUCAAUGGGCACAGUGAUUCAUGAGACUGUUGAAUAUCAUGGAGACCCCACACCAGUAGCCUCUGAUGUUACUGGGAUCCCGUCGACAUUAUCUAGCUUACCGGACGAACAACCACCUUCUGCCGAACCUCAAAGUAUUGGCUUUGACCCAAACACUCUGAAAGCCCGUUAUGAUUUAGAGCGUGAGAAAAGACUUGCCGCAAACCCAACUGGAGUUGACCAAUACCGAUCAAUCAAGGAUGGCGAUCCCGUGUUUGGCCACUAUAUUGAAGACCCUUACAUUGAACGAAAGGAACGAGCCGCAAUCAAUGAAAGAGUUGAAGCUUUGAUUGUUGGUGGCGGUUAUGGGGGCCAGUUGGUCGCCGUCAGGCUCAUGGAGGCGGGUAUCACGGACAUCAGGAUAGUCGAGAAAGGGGGCGACUUUGGAGGCACAUGGUAUUGGAAUAGGUAUCCUGGUGCGCAAUGUGACAUCGAGAGUUAUGUCUACAUGCCCUUGUUGGACGAGACUGGUUAUGUGCCUACUGAAAAAUAUGCUCGGAAUGAAGAGCUUCUCGAGCAUGCCAGAAUGAUUGGUCGUCGAUAUCAACUUUAUCCAAAAUCCGUCUUUCAGACCGAGAUCAAGAAGGUUGAGUGGAAUGCAGAGACCAGCGAGUGGCAUGCGUCUAGUGAUCGCGGAGACACAUUCAAAGCACGUUUCUUCAUCUCUGCUGCAGGACCAUUGCACCGUCCAAAGUUACCCGGAAUUCCCGGGGUCGACACCUUCAAAGGGCACGCAUUUCAUUCUUCCCGCUGGGAUUAUGAAUACACUGGCGGCAACAGCACAGGAAAUCUCCACAAACUCGCGGACAAGCGUGUCGGCAUCAUCGGCACUGGUGCUACGAGUGUACAGAUCGUGCCACACCUAGCAAAUCAUGCAAAGCAGGUUUACGUCUUUCAACGGACUCCAAGCAGUAUAGAUGUGCGUGGAAAUAAGAUGACCGACCCGGAUUGGGUCAAAUCGUUAGGAGAUCACUGGCAGAAAAAGAGGAUGGACAAUUUCAAUAUCAUAGUCAAUGGUGGUCAACAAGACGAGGACUUGGUUGCGGAUGGUUGGACUGAUAUCAUUCGCAAGCUUCUUGUUCGGAAACCAGUCGACCCCAACAAUCCGAACAGCGCACAGGAGUUAGCUGAGCAACGGCAGCUCUUUGACUAUGAAAAGAUGGAGCAAAUCCGAGCCCGAGUCGACUCGAUUGUCACAGAUCCGCAAACCGCCGCAAAGCUUAAGCCAUACUACAAUCAGUUUUGCAAACGGCCAUGCUUCCAUGAUGAGUAUUUGCAGAGUUUCAACCAGUCAAACGUCCAACUGGUAGACACGGAUGGAAAGGGUGUUGAGAGCAUUACCGAAAAAGGGGUCGUUGCCAACGGGCAAGAAUAUGAAAUCGACUGCUUGAUCUAUGCCACUGGAUUCGAGCUGGCCACCGAUUGGACGCAGCGAAGCGGCUUCGAGGUCGUUGGACAAGACGGGCUGCUGAUCUCCGCCAAAUGGCAAGACGGAGCGGCGACUCUACAUGGCUGGACGACACGCGGAUUCCCCAAUUUCUUCAUGGUGCAGAUAUUGCAGGCAGCCCUGACGCCGAACUUCAUGCAUGUCACUGCCGACCAAGCGGUACAUUUUGCAUAUGUGAUUAGCGAGGCGAAGAAGAGAAAUAUCAAAACGCUUCAGCCGACGCAGGAGGCCGAAGACCAGUGGGUGAAGACCAUCAUAGAGUUUGCCGCGCUCAGAGAGAGUUUUGCAAAGGAGUGUACCCCUGGCUAUUAUAACAACGAAGGGAUCCCAAACCCUAAACUGGCGAGGAACUCGUCUUAUGGCGGCGGCCCCCUGAAGUUCUUACAGAUAAUGCAAGAAUGGCGGGCCAAGGGAGACCUGGACGGCCUUGAGAAGGAACUAUUCGAGAGUGAUACCUUAGCAUAA